AUGAUCAACACCAUGUCAAAGAUCCGGGGUCAGGAGAAGGGCCCCGGGUACCCGCAGGCUGAGAGCGUGCUGGGGGACGCCAUGCUGAGGUUCGGGCGAGAGCUCGGAGACGUGUCCUGCUUCGGUACAGCGCUCCUGGACGCGGGGGAGUCCAUGAAGGAGCUGGGGGAGGUGAAAGACGCUCUGGACAUGGAGGUUAAACAGAACUUCAUCGACCCACUACAAAACCUGCACGACAAAGACCUCAAGGAAAUACAGCACCACUUGAAGAAGAUGGAAGGCCGGCGUUUGGACUUCGACUACAAGAAAAAGCGAAUGGGGAAAGUACUGGACGAUGAGAUCAAACAGGCGCUGGAGAAGUUUGACGAAAGCAAAGAGGUCGCGGAGCAGAGUAUGUUCAACCUGCUGGAGAGCGACAUCGAGCAGGUGAGCCAGCUGGCGGCUCUGGUCCAGGCUCAGUUGGAGUACCACACCCGCGCCUCCGAGAUUCUACAACAGCUCUCCAGCAAAAUGGAGGAUAGGAUAAAGGAGGUGUCCAGUAAACCCAGGAAAGAGUACACUCCCAAACCUCGAAUGACCCUGGAGCUGCUGCCAGUGAGCGAGAGCCACAACGGAGGCAUCCACUCGGCCAAGUCCCCUGGGAAGUCGCCAGCCCCCUUGGACCAGCCGUGUUGCCGAGCGCUGUACGACUUCGAACCGGAGAACGAGGGCGAGCUGGGCUUUAAAGAAGGCGACAUCAUCACUCUAACCAACCAGAUCGACGAGAACUGGUACGAGGGCAUGAUCCACGGCCAGUCGGGCUUCUUCCCCAUCAACUACGUGGACAUCCUGGUUCCGCUGCCGCACUAA